UCCUCAAGAUGAGAGUAUGGAUAUGUGUUCUUCAUUUGACAGUGGGUUGUCUACUCAAUGCACCUCAAUUUACCGAAAGUGCCAAGGUCAGGCUGGUCAAUGGAAAUGAUCGAUGUUCUGGCAGAGUGGAGGUCUAUCACAGUGAUCAGUGGAGGAGAGUGUCUAGUGAUGACUGGGAUGAUAUGGAGUUGGAUGCAGAGGUGGUGUGUAGACAGCUCAACUGUGGGAGUGCAGUGAGUGCCCCAGUGAAUGCUUUCCUUGGUCAGGGCAGUGGGAUGAUCUCAAUGGAUGAUGUGGAUGAUGAAAGCGAUCUUUCAGUGGGGUCUGGUUAUGGAUUUGAAGGAGAGGAUGGUGAAGAUGCUGGUGUUGUCUGCUCAGAGAGUCCCCAGAUCAGGCUGGUCAAUGGGACCGGUCUUUGCUCUGGCAGAGUGGAGGUCUAUUACAGUGGCCAGUGGAGGACAGUGUGUGAUGAUGACUGGGAUAUGAUGGAUGCAGAGGUGGUGUGUAGACAGCUCAACUGUGGGAGUGCUGUCAGGGCCCUAGAGAACGCCCAUUUCGGUCAGGGUAGUGGGCCAACCUGGAUGGAUGAUGUUGGGUGCUCCGGUGGUGAAAAAACACUGACACAGUGCCCACACAAUACAACCCACAAAUGCGAUCACGGUGAAGAUGUUGGUGUUGUCUGCUUAUCAGGUAGAGGGUUUUAUCAUGCUAUAUACUUUGUGUGACCUGUGACAUGUAAAGUAUUCAAAGGGUUCUGAGCAAAAGCAUAUAAUUAACAUAAUGAAACAUUCUUAUUGUCACAAUAUUAAGGAAAACUACUGCUUGUAAUUGUCAAUUAGCCCCGUUUCCAAAAAGGUUGGGACACUGUAUACAAUGUAAAGAAAAACAGAAUUUAAUGAUGUGCAAAUCAGUUAAACCCUAUACUCAAUAGAAAAUAGUACAAAGACAACAUAAAACAUUUUGAAACUGAGAUAUGUUAUGGUUUCUUGAGAAACACAUGCUCACUUUGAAUUCGAUGCCAGCAACACGUUUAAAAAAAGUUGGGACAGAGGCACCAAAAGACUGGAAACGUUGUGUAACACCUCCCUUUGCAACUGGAUCCAGGACAUCCUGAUGAGUAGAGCUCAGGUGGUGAGACUGGGCACCCUCACUUCCUCUGCACUGACCCUGAGCAUCGGAGCCCCUCAGGGCUGUGUACUCAGUCCCCUCCUGUACUCCCUGUUCACGCAUGACUGCGUGGCCAGACAAAGCUCCAACGUAAUACUUUAGAUUGGGGAUGACACCACCAUCCUGAAUCUCAUCUACAACAACGAUGAGACCGAAUACAGAAAGGAGGUAAGUGACUUGGCUACAUGGUGCCAGGACAACAACCUCUUUCUUAACUUCGGCAAGACUAAAGAGAUGAUCGUGGACUUCAGGAAGCGGCAGAGGGGGGAGCACGCCCCCAUACACAUCGAUGGAGCUGAAGCAAAGAGAGUCUACAAAGUUUCCUCCGUGUGUUCAUCAAAGAUGACCUCAUCUGGUCCAGGCAAUCAGACUCUGCAGUAAAAACCGCCCAAAAGCGACUAUACUUCCUGAGGAGAUUCAAGAGGUUUGGCAUGUCUGCAAAAACUCUCACCAACUUCCACAGGUGCAUCAUUAAGACCAUCCUCUCAGGCUGCAUUACUAACUGGUACGGCAGCUGCUUCACUGCUGACCACAAGGCCCUCCAGACGGUGGUGAAAUCUGAGGAGCGCGUCAUCGGCUGCCAUUUCCCUUCUGUGCAAGGCAUCUACCACACAUGAUGCCUUAGGAAAGCACGGAACAUCAUCAAAAACUACAGCCACCCUGACUGUGGUGUUCACACUGCUGCCUUAUGGUGAUGUUACCAGAGCAUCGGGACACACUUCCAGACUCACAACAUUCUCUUACCCCCAGGCUACCCUCCUUAACCAGUAACACUGAUCUAUUGAUCACAUGGACACUUCAUACGCUCUGGUCACUUUCUGUGUACAUACAUUAAAAUAUGCUAUUGUACAUGAAUCCAUCCAUAGGCACUCCAACAUUUAUACUUAUAAUAUGUAAGAUUAAGUGGACAGAAGGGGUCAAUAAAAUGAACCUUAAUUGCAAAACUUCCCCCAAAUCUGAAAUUUGGAUAAUAGCAGAUUAAGCCUCGGUCUCCGAGGUUGCAGAUCUGUAAUGUGGUGUUGUUU